GCGGGGCCGCGUCUGCCCGCGCCAUGGCGGAGGCAGCCUCCCAAGAUCUGUUGUUGGCAGCAGCGUUUGUCUCCGAUGCGCAGCACAACAGAAAUAUUCCUUUCAAGACCUCCCCGGAGGCGGUCAGGCUUUAUUACCUCUACAACCACUGGAUCAUGCGAACAGCCACCUACUUCUUCAUCUUUCUUAAUUUGUCCCUUGCAAUGUUUGAAGAACCUGCUGUGUAUCCACUCCCCUUCCUGGUCACAUCUCUGGUCGAGGUCUUGUGCCUUCUGGUAUUCCUUGGCCGACUGACACAUUUUGCAAAAGUCACCCCUCGCAAUGUGUUUUGGAAGGACACCAAGAACAUCUGCAUCAUGGUGGCAAUCCUGUUAUCCCUAACAGACUUGGCCAUAUGUGGGGCCCUCAGGAUAUACAACAUAAAGAGCAUUCGAUGGUCAAGAAUUGGGAGGCCCAUCUUCCUGAUCAACUUCGCAGAGAGUCGCCAGAUUCGGAGAGCCUUCCGCAGCAUCCGCAACACACUGCCAGAGAUCACCUACGUCUUCCUCUUCUUCAUGUUUAGCCUUCUCAUGUUCUCCCUCAUGGCCUUGAAGCUGUUUGGUGAGAGGAAUCUCCAGACAGCAGAAGGCUUGCCAUAUUUCAAAAACUACCUAGAAAUUGUGUUUGACCUCUACGUGCUGGUGACAACAGCAAACAGCCCGGAUGUCAUGAUGCCAGCAUUUGACUUCAGCUCAUGGUAUGCCCUGUUCUUCAUUGCCUUUGUCAUCGUCAACACUUACAUCUUCAUGUCGCUCUUCCUGGCUGUUGUGUACAAUAACUACAAAAAACACCUGAAGAAUGAGAUCCGCAAACUUGCUUACAUGAAGCGCCGCAAGAUGGUAGAGGCAUUCAACCUCCUGAAGGAAGAGGAAGGAGCACAGUUUGUGGUCAGAGAAGCCCGGUGGAAGCAGCUGGUCAAGCUGGUGGCUCCUGAUAUCAGCAACUCCCACCGAGAGCUGCUGCUACACAUCUCAGAUGAUGAGCAGAAGGGUUUCAUCGACAAGAAGUCCUUUGUACAGCUGGCAGACCUCCUCAACAUCCAGGUGAUUACCCUGAAAAUACGCAGCCAUCCACUGGGGCAGUGGCUGCCUGGUGUCUACCAGUCAGCAGCGAGCCGCUUCCUGCGCAGCAUGGUCAGGCACAGGGGAUUUGUUUGGACUUACGAUGUGAUCAUUCUGAUAAAUGCCAUCUUCAUUGCUCUGGAUGAGGAAACCCCUUAUAUUUCUUAUGCAGAGUGGGUCUUCCUUGCUUUGUAUAUAAUUGAGAUACUCCUGAAAGUGUACACUUACGAACCAAGGGCGUUCUUUGGCAAAAAUCAGUUCUGGAACUGGUUUGAUACCCUCAUCAUCUUUGCUGCCCUGACUGCAACGAUACUCAAUACCACCCUGAAAUCGACCACAAAGUACAACAGCCAGCAGAUCCUGGACAUUGUCUUCAUCUUAAGGGUCCUCAGGCUAAUAAGGAUUGUUGACAGCAUUCAAAGGUUCCGGGUCAUCAUGAACACACUGAUAAACAUCGUGCCAACAAUGUUGACAUUUGGUGGGCUGACUCUGGUUGUGUACUGUGUAUUUGCCAUCGUUGGCAUGGAGUUAUUCCAUGGGAAAAUCCAGUUCUUCCCUGCAAACUCUAAUGCUCCUCACGCCCUGGAAUGUGGGAACCCAUCCCUCAAGGAUUCUCUGUUUGCCCGUGGAAAAUACUGCAAGAACAACUUCAACAACUUUGCAUCAUCCUUCAUUGUCCUGAUGGAGCUGACUGUAGUCAAUCAGUGGCAUGUCUUUGCUAAUGGAUUUGCCAAUGUGACUGCUCAGCCUGCGAAGCUCUAUUUCAUUGCCUUUCAUAUUGUGAUGGUGAUAAUCAUUGUCAAUAUCUUUGUGUCGUUCAUUUUGGAAGCUUUCUUUGUGGAGUACUCUCUAGAGAAGAGUGAAGUAGAAACGGCCAUCGAACAGAAAAUCCAGGAGCUGGGAAUGGGAGUUCAAGAGAGCUACGAGGCGCAGAUCCGGAGCUACCAGGGGACGGACCCGCUGGAGCCGUGGGACAGGUACGCGCGGUGGGUGGAAGGAUGCCUGCCCCUUCAAGAGAAGCAGAACCGUUGGCCUGGUCUCCUGGAGCAGCUUGUGAAGGGGUUCCUGGGCGACAAGAGGUACCACCAAGACCCAAGAUUUGUUAGCUACUGUAUCAAGCUGGCAGAGUUCAUCAGUUCUCCUUGCCAGUAUUUUGAGUACCUCUAUGGACAGGGAAUUGGUUCGAAGGCAUCCAACUUCUAUGCUGCUUGGGCUCAGCAGCUGGUAAAGGAAGGCAACGUGCAGGGUGCUGGAGCUGUCCUUCAAAAGGCUCUUCACAACCAGGCACAGCCACAGGAGAACUUGCAGCAGCUGUACUGCUGGCUGCAGAAGUAUGAUGCUCAGAAUCCUCCUUUGCCAGGCGCUGCUGUUACAAAACCACUUCAAACUUCACAUGCUGCAAAUCAAAUGGCUCCUCGAAAAAGUGUUUCAAACCUUAAUGACCCGGCACACGCAUGCAAAAAUCAGGGUCCCGAUUCUGCUGGUGCUCAGUCCUGUUCUACUGGUGGAAGAGAAGAAGUCAAGUAUGUUACAUACAUCUCCAAAUCUGAAGUUCUUCCUAAGUCAUCAUCUGUUGUUGUGGAAUGUGAGCAGGUUGCAAUGUAUGAUAAAAACCUACUUGUCUGUGAAGGCUCUGAACUUUCAUUUGAAGAGCUGAGAGCCAAGAGAUACUUCAAGAAAUAUGAGCGCCUCAGAAGACAGCAAGAAUGGGAAGAAGAAGAGAAAGACACCAUGAGGAAAAAAGAGUCAGCUGUGCUUGAACUGCAGGCCCUGCAACAGAAGCUGGAGCAACUCACCCACCUCACCAAAAGCUUGGAGGAAACUAGACUAGAACCAGCAUCUACGACAUCAGCUGAACCCAGUGAGACAAUGGUGCAUCCACACGUGGGGCCCAGUGCAGCUCUACAGCAGAACUGGAUGGCAUCUUGUGAAAGUUCAGCCCUGCAGAACACCCGUACUCUGCUGUCAGACCAGCCUCAGUCAAGUCCUUUAUCACCCACUGCCCUUACCCUGCAGUCAGCCAAACCUGUUGGCCACCAUCUGACAUCAACCUCCCUGUGGGAAGCAACAUCCAAGAACGAUGCUUUGAAAACUCAUCGAGAGCCUGGAGAACUUCAGAAGAGUUUAUUACGCCCUCCAUUCAGUAAUGUUUCAGCUCAGGAGCAGGCACAGCCAGACUCAUCUCUUAAUUGGAGCACUGGAGAACAGCACCCUAACAAGAGGUCCACUGGACUAACAAUGGCUGCAGACGUGAAAGAAGCAUCUAGAGUUGGAAAUUCUUCCUUUGUCUCUGGAAAUGCUUCUCAAGCUACCCCAAACACCUCGCUGGGUGGAGCAAUGCAGGCAACACCAUUCAAAGUGCAGCCUUCACCUACAGUUCACACGAAGGAAGCGCUGGGAUUUCUCAUGGAUAUGUUUCAAACACCCAUCUUGCCUGAACCUCUUGAUGAAAGUGAGGAACAAUUUGAAGCCUUUUGCAGAAAAAGUGAGCCUGAUGGAAGUCUGAGAGCUAACACUGCUGCACCUCUCACACCUGCAUUUUCUAUCUUUGAAGAUGAGAAUGAAAAAGAGAACAGCAGGAUCCCACAGCAUAAAAACAAGGCCGAGGAGCCCAGAACCAUUGGAGAACGUCCCUUGACUGACCGUACAGCAGGAACAGAAGAAGAAAAAGGGACACCAGAGUUCUUGAGGGAAGAUUACACCGUGUGGAAUGUACCAAGCAGUAAUAAAACAUUAGCUCCCAGUCCAAACAACACGAGAGACUUUGCACGAGCUGCCCAGCUUGUGUCCACACCUUUUAAUUACCUGUCUGCACCUUCACGACAAGCUUUGGAGGACAGAGCCUGUGGGGAUGAGUUGCCACAAAUGGAAUUGGAGUUUUCUGAAGACCUGCACAAGCAGAUAAAAACCAAGAAGCUAAGCCCUGCAGAACAAGGAGAGCCUCAAGGAAAUGUCUUGAAACAAGGAAAUGGAAUUCAAGGAAUUGCUACAGCUGCUUCUCAAAGAUUACAUGAGCAGACUGCCACGAGCAGAGCCAAGUAUUCCUCAUCUGUUGGUACAGACAAAAUUUCCCAUGAAAAGCUGUCUGGAAUGGGGCAGGACAGGACAGCUCGGAAUGUUAAAGCUGCAGCUCUUGUUGAGAACCCCUGGGAUAAGGAACUGAUUUGCAAAUUCCUAUUGGAGCUUCCUAAACCACUCCACACCUGUGCUAACUAUUUUGAAUGGAAAUCUCUUCUUCCACCCAUCAGACCGAAGGCUGAACUCCUGCUGGGUUCCAGUUCAUUCCAUGUGGACUGCUUGGUUGGAGAGGGAGCUUUUGCCCAAGUCUAUCAGGCUUCCAUUCUGGAUGCAAAUAACCCUAGAAACAACCAGAAAGUAACAUUCAAGGUCCAGAAGCCUGCCAAUCCUUGGGAGUUUUAUAUAGCAACACAACUAGCAGAAAGGCUUGAUCCAAGCAUACGCCACCUCUUCAUCCACUUUUAUUCUGCUCAUUUCUUUCAAAAUGGAAGCAUUUUGGUUGGUGAGCUCCACAACUACGGAACGUUGUUGAAUGCCAUAAACAUUUACAAAAAGCUUCCUGAGAAGGUGAUGCCUCAAGCACUUGUCAUCUACUUUGCUGUAAAAAUUCUUUAUAUGGUGGAAGAGCUCCACAGCUGCAAAAUCAUUCAUGGGGACAUUAAGCCUGACAAUUUCAUACUUGGAGAGAGGUUUCUGGACAAUGAUACAUGUGACAUAGAUGGUCUCUUCCAUGGCUUGACACUCAUUGAUUUGGGCCAGAGUAUAGACAUGAAACUGUUUCCUGAAGGAACAGCGUUUACUGCCAAGUGUGAAACAUCUGGAUUUCAGUGUAUUGAAAUGCUGACGCAGAAACCUUGGAACUACCAGACAGACUACUUUGGCAUUGCAGCAACCAUCUACUGCAUGCUCUUUGGUACCUACAUGCAAGUGAAGAAUGAAAAUGGUGUCUGGAAGCCUGAGGGAGCCUUCAGAAGACUUGCCAAUGCUGACCUGUGGAAGGAGUUCUUCGAGAGCAUGCUGAACAUCCCUGGCUGCCACAGCCUGCCUUCCCUAGGAGCUCUGCGCAAAAAGCUGAAGGACUUAUUCUGCAAGUCAUAUGCAAAGGAAAUAAAGCUCCUUCGGAACAGACUCGUGGUGCUGCUCAUAGAACACAAACGGUCACGAAAAUAAG